AUGGCUCGAUUCCUUCAAGAUUCUAGACUAUACUUUGCAGUCACUGUUUUGAUGUGCAUGUUUGUCUCCAUCUACGGUGUUGGCCUGAACGAUUUACUGGAGAGAGCCUCUCAACUUUCAGACAAACUGCACUCCCUUAGCACCUCUCUCACCAAUGAUCUGGAUUCCCACUUUCCUCCAACUGGGAGAAUGAUGAUGCCUCGUCCGUCGAUGUGCCACACGUCCUCUCUUAAAAUUCCCAAUGACAAAGAUCAAGCCCUUAAAGUGCCAGAGGAUGAAUUGCUGGCUUUGACUCGGUCUCUACUGCUGGCAUGGUCCGAUCCCCUUGCUCUUCUUUCUUCUGAGGCAUCCAGCCUGGCACAUCCAGAACGCAACACCAUUAACAGCAAAACCAGGGAGCUGCAGGACAAUAUCAACAGUCUGGGAGCAGGUUUGGAGCGCCUCGUUCACAAGAUGGGCUCAUCUUCAGAGAACCUGUCCGAUCUCCCUUUUUACAUUAGCAACCUGGGCCAGGAUAAAACCUCUCGCCUUGUCAACUUCCAUUUCCUCCUGUCCUGCUUCCGCAGGGACUCCCACAAAAUUGACAGUUUCCUUAAAGUUCUCCGCUGCAGAGCAGCCAAGAAGAGACCUGAGAUGUGUUAA